CCAUGGACACAAAUGAAGAAAGUUCGCGAAAAAGAAAUGCAAAUUCAGUAGAAUCUAAAAAUAGUUCAGAAUUAGAAAAAUAUGUAACAAAUAUUGGUAAUAUUAUAAGUUAUGAGGAGAAUCAAAUUAGCGAUGAUGAAACUUUAUUAAAUAUAUCUGAUUAUUCUACUACUACAACCUUGUUAAUUAAUGAAGUUAUUAACUUGGAUGAAGAAAAUUCAGAAUCUUCCAUAGCUGAACCGUUUCAAGCUAUCUUACUUAAAGAUUUAGAUUAUGAUCCCUGUAAUGUGUUAAAUGGAUUUUUAGAAUGUGAAAAGCAAAAUAAUUGUAUAUUUAAUUUAUUAUAA